CGAUGCACUAAGACAAGCCCGAUCUGAUAGAGGAAUCUUUAAAUGAUUGUGUUCACAGAGAGAAUCGUGCUCCAGAAGCAACUCCAAUCUUUAAGAAAAUGAAAAGCUAUGACGCCGUCGGACAGCUAGCCAAGGGCUUCCCGACAGGGAGGGAUCAGGGGACGAGAACUCACACCCGGUCAUCAUCGCUCACCCUGCGCUUGAAUCUGCCAAAUUUACAGACGAUUGCCAUCGUUUCAUACCGGACAUGACGAGGACAGACGAACGAUCUCAGCAGAGGAACGCAAUCGUCGGCGGAGCGCAAUGGAGAGAGAAUCACAGUCCGGGAUCUAGAGUCAAAAUCGAGGGACCUCGUCGGAGUUCUGGCAGACGAUUACUCUGAGAGCUGCAUCUUGGUGGGCAUGGGCCCGCAACAACCUUCAUCCGUCUCUGCUGCUGGUGUUAAAAGCUGUGUACUGGAGCGUGGUAUUUUCCGGGUCCCUCGUGCGCGUCUUGGCUUCAAUUUCCCUCUUUGCUGUCAUCAACGGGAUCUUCAUGGCUCCUUGCGUGUUCGUUCUUUUCUGGCUCGUCGAUGCGGUGCCCCUUGUGCAGUCCACCCAACUUGAACCUGAACAACCAACUUUGUACGUUGAAAUGGUAAAAAUUCUCUUCGUGCUGGCCAAUGUCCUCCUUUACUAAAUUCUGUACACGCUCCCCAGUCUCUCUCAGAAACUCUUUCCUGAGAAACUCUUUCCUGGUCAGCGGGUUCGCAUUGUACAUCGUAUGCAGAGUACUAGUGGCUGUUUUCCUCUAUGCCCUCAUUGCUGUCGUUAUGUUUGUCGCGUACGUUCCGUACAAUGCAAGUUUGAUUUGUGACAGCCUCGGCCGCAAUGUUCCUUGGUACGUGAUUCUAGGUGCCUUCGUCACUGCCGUCCUUUCAGUUGUAGCGGUGGUUGGGUAUUGUUCAGACCAGAGAGGUGUCGCGGGCGUCGGUCCUAAGCCUGCCAGAACUGUGGACGGCGAUGAGUUAGGUCAGAUGGUAGACGUUUGACGAGGUUCUCAACUGUUCGAUAUUUCGAUCCAUCUCGUGUUUAGCUCUCCUCAAACUGACUUCUGGCGACGGCACGCUUUUACUCUUUGUGUGUCAUGAUCCACAUUCGCAUUCAUGUUAUAUGGCAUGG